AUGGCCAAUUCUGGGCUUGCUAGUACUGCCGGGAGUACAUUCAUCGGUGUACUUCUUGGUCUCAUACUCUAUGGCUGCUCCUGCGCACAGAUUGUCAUCUACUUUCGCCGCUACAGUGAGGAUCCGUUGGGGUUGAAGGCGUUGGCAGCAACACUAUGGUAUGAGCAGAAGUGUGGAAGUCGUCUUCUUUUCACGUGGCAUCUACUUGUCGCGAGCCAUGCCGCACCCGCCAAGCUCGCAGUUGGCACUAGUUAUUAUAUUCAUGUCGUCUGGAAACCGGGUGGCUGGCCACAAUCCGCUAUUCUCCGUCGCAAUACCUGCCUCUGUGGUAACGUCGUGCCCUUCACGUCUUCCGGCUCCGGCAACUCUGGAAACACUCGCUGCAUUCGCAACCGAUGCGUAUAUUACAAUUUCUUUAUGUGUGAUUCUCCGUGGACGCAGAACUGGGAUCAGGAAGCAUCAACAACUUUGAUGGCCACUUCAAGGACCGAAAACGUCAUCGCUACUUUGGUCAUCUAUGCCAUUAAUCGCGGAAUAUUCACAGCGUAUGUCGCUAACUUUAUGACUAUCAACGGCGCACACAUUUCCGUUUUGUUUCAGGCUCUUCCAACUGGCGCAUUUUAUCACCUACAUCUGCUUCAGGACGCAGUUGUCAUUUUGGUGGAUGAUCGCCCACGUCCCGGGCACAGCGCGUACGUGAUGCUUCUGUUGCUCGGCGAAAGGGGUGCAGAGCUCACAUAUCCUUGCUCGCCACCAGUAUAUGUCAACUCAUUACUGGCACUGCUGAAUGUCCGGCAGAAUUUGCGUGGGCAGAUGGCGGGUCCAGAGCAUGUCUCCAUGACUUUGCGAAACCAUGAGCGUCUCCCGGGAAACGACGGGACAUUGCCAGGACCGAAAAUUGCCCUCAAGUUUGCUCAUUAG